UUCGGCCUUUGGGCCCAUUUCUGCACAUUCGGCCCACCUAGGCCCACUCGGCCCGUUCCGGGCCACUUGGCCCUGUUAGGGUGGAGCACCUCUCCCUCUUUCCUCUAUAAAUAGGAGGACUCCCCUCCUUAUGAAGGAUCCCUCUUCUUCCUCAUUCACUAUAGUUAGCUUGAAUCCUCCAUUAAUGGAGCAUGUAUUAGUUGUAUAAUGUAUUGGUGAGGAGUGCACUAAUAAAAGGAGCGGGCUUGUACAUUAGCCUAAAUAGUCUCGUGGUUUUUUUUCUUUCCGGAUUUCCACGUAAAAAUCAUUGUUUAUAUUUUAUUAUCAUCUCAUAACCAUGAAACCCUCCCGGAAGAGGUGUUGAACUUCCGGGCUGAGGCGAAUUAAACUCAACACCGUCGACGUCUGUGGUAAACUGUUCAAAAAGAUUUAAUGUGUUCUUUAUUUUUCUAGAGAAAAAAAAUGGAGGCGAAGUGGACUGUUUUCAAGGAAAAGAGGAAGAUAUAUGCAGGGAUUUUGGAAGCUCCAGAUGGGAAAACGACAGAAUCUCAUGAAGAAUGGUCAUCGAGGUUCGCCGGCGGUGGACGCCAGCACAGGGUCGUCGACGCAGUCGCACAAGAUUCACCGCUGCUACAAUGGCAGGUCCAGCCGCAUCCACGAAGUUCCUAACCAGGAUUGAACUCACAAACCCAGCUCCAUGCCUAACAGGGCUGGUGGCUGAAUUGAUAGAUGGGACCACCUGUUGACCAAAUGCAUCUUAAGUACAACGUAGUAUUGCGCAUGGCACUUUUUUGAGGAACGGGGCGUGAUGUUCGAAUUCUGAAGCGGCAACCUCGUUUGUCGAGCGGGGGUGAUUAACCGGAAGAAAACAAUAUAGCUCCGUCCGGACUUGAAGGUAGAAAAUUAGAAAACCUGAGGCUAUCCUGUGCGGCAAACCCGUCCUGGCUUGCUGGUAGUACCACUAGUUUUGGUUAAAAUACAACGAGCAGCAGUGGGAAAUCGCCCCGGACAUAUCCCCGCUCGGCUCCCAAUCGGAUCACGCCGCCCGAGGCCAGAGGCCGCACGUCCGGGGAUCAGCCACGGACGCCUUUGGAAAGCUACCGCCCGGACGAACGGACAUUACUACACCAGCACCACGUACCGAAGGCCGAGUAUCCCGCUAUCCAGGUAGAGCAAUAGUCAUUUACUUUCCGAUCCGGAGUAGGGUCGAAGCUUCCAAAGGACAACACAACCUCCAUAUAUCUUCAAGAACAAAUGACCCAAGAAGGUUACGUCAAAGGAUCCCCUCUCGACCGGAGCACACAGGUGACAACCGGCAACGGCGAAAGGGCCGUCCGGGCUUGCCCCACUGCCCUGCCGAGCGUCUUUUCCCAAAUGUCCACUGCGCUGAGCAUGGAGCCACCUCUAAAGGUUUCGUCUCCGAUUCCAGAACACCACUGGCGGAUUGACGGGCAGAUAUUUGCUUGCCGCUCGGCCUACGGUUGGUACCGGGCGGACUUUGACGUGGAUAAUUUUGCAAGAGGUUCAGGCAGGGGAGUUUUUCUCUCGUAACUGAAGGAGAUGAAGAUGAGUCAGUGGAAUUUAGGAGGAAGGGAGAGGAAGGAUUCACUAAUUCACUCGCCGCUCGUCUGAAAUAAAAUCCCACGAACAUCAGCAGGAGUGAGGCCAAUUAGUGAAAAGCCAAUUUGUUUGAAUAAAUCUGACCAAGUCAAAAUCAAUGGGCCGUCCAUAAACCAAGGAGGUUGGCUUAGAGGACCAGCCCCCCACACCUCGCCUGGGAAGUAUGUCGGGGAUCCCUUGCAGCUCCCAGCGUCCAGGACUGCUACCCGCUCGGCCCUGAAAUCCAGAUAGCUUCGGAGCCCCCUUGAAACUCGACGGCCAUCCCACAAUGCAGCUCUGCCCCCAGACGACUCAGACGCUUAACAAGCUGGACGUCCGGUUCUCAAAACAACGACCAUCUCACCACACAGCCCGACGGUCCUCUUCAGACCUGGCGGCUCGGAUUUGAAGGACGCCCAAGAUGUUUCAGGCGUUCGGCGACCGAUUCCAGCGGAAACAAACACCCUGACUGCUCGAACCGGAAGGGUGCUCGGUCUCCGGCUUGUCACGCACGGAUCCAAUAGUGAGACGCACGACAUGAAGUUGCCGUUCAUGCUUUCCAACGCUACCCAGCUAUGAAUGACCAAAAGUUAUGUGGAUAUAGGCUUCAUGAGGAGGUUGGUGAGCCAAAUUAAAGAAGGGGUCAGCGGCCUCAAGCCCAUAUGGUGAAUCAAAGACACAUCAAGCUAAAGUAGUAACGCUCGUCCUUCUCUCUAAAAAAGUUACACUUCGGCGAUUUUUUUUAGCUAGCUCGUUACUCCCCUGCUCUCCCACGAACUACUUUAACGAAUUAAACCUCCCAAAUCUGCGAUUCUAUAGCUCGGAAACUACAAAUCUUUCAUCCCUACCGAUUGGUUUUGAAAGAUAUUGUUUUCUGGAGUGAGAAUCGCCGUUUUUGAAGCCCCAGGUCGUCUGUUUACUGUACUUUCCCGAUUUAGAAACUUUGCUUGAAUCCAGCAACUCGACGAUUGUUUGUGGAAGAAGAAGAUAGCUUGGGGGUCGCCAGCCUCUAGCGAACCUCCAGGACCUCUUUUCCGACCACCAGAACGCCGCCGUACCGGAAUCCAGAAAGAUCCGUUGGGGUGCAGCACUGUUCACGACAGACCGUUGACCUCAGAUUCCUUCAAUUUCUGCUGUUCAAUCUCGUUUCUGAAGCUAGAAUUGGAACCAUUUGGACUUGACGAACCUAUUGGCACCGGUUUCAUCAGAUUUGAGUAAGUUUUCAAUAUUCCCCCAAUUUUUUGGGUACUGUAGCUAUUCGCAGGUCCUGUUACUGUUCGAAUUUCUUCUGAGGUCUGUGCUUGUCCGUUUGGUAAGCGUUUUGUUGAGUUCGCUGAUACUAGAGGAGUAUUUGGGAAUUUUUCCAGAAAUUUCUGGGGAGUUCCAACUUUGUGGGUACUGUACAUCUUCUCCAGCUUGUCUGGAAGGUGUUUACCUUGCUCAAAAUAUUCUGUAACUAUAAAUUGCUGGUGCCUAUUGUGAAAACUAACCAUAGCAGGUUGACCAACAUACUUUGUGGUAUUUUCCAGAAUAUUUGGAGAUUUUUUGGGCCUAUUCCAAAAUUCCAGGUUUUUUGGAAGUGUUUCACUAGUUAAUACUUUUUUCUGGGAAACGUGCUGUGUGUUUUGGUGGAACUAUUCUUACCAGCUUGUUAAACAUAUUGAAGGGUACCUCCCUGAAUUUUUUGAGAAUUUUUGGAUCACUCCCAAUUUUUCGAACAUUCUGCUUGCUACAGUAACCAGAACUGGUUAGGAUUUUUCCUGAUUUCUGUGCUACUCCAGUGCUACAACUGAAUAUACCUGGGGGUUUACUUCACUUUGGGCUACAACUUGAGAAAUAUCAAUCGCUGUUUCCUUGGACUUUAUUGUACUGCCUUUUCAAAGGAAGUGCACUUGCUGCUUGUAUUUUGUUUGUCCUAACACUACCAGGCUGUUCAAAAUACUAAGGAAGACCUCUAAGAAUUGUUUGGGAAUUUUUGGAAUACUUCAAAAAUUCUCGGAACUCACUGCUUGCUACAGUGCACAAACGACCUAGGACUGUCCCCUUGCUUUUUGUGCUUCUCCGUUGGUGCAACUGAACAUACCUAGGGGGUUAAUAUACUUUGAGAUACUUCCUAAAGCAUCUUGGAGAAUUUACUAGCACACUUUGCCUAAGGUACGAACCAAGCUCUUGCACCCCCAAGUCUUUGGUACUUGUCUUUGUUUGUACUAACCCUUGCAGGUCAAUUAGCCAAGCUCUCGUACAAGAAAUGUGUAUGGUCCAAUGACUAGGCACAAUAAACAAUCUCGUACACCGCCAUCUAAAGACUCGGCCUUUGAUGACAAAAUAAGGAAGUUGAAUGCAAGAAAAGCCGAGAUGGAGGCCAACAAAAAAGAAGUGGAAAAUAAUGAGAAGGAAGUAACAUCCAAGAAAGUCAAAAUUGCUCCCAAGCUAACGGUGCAAGAUACACCUACAACAAAGGAGAUCAAUUUACAUGAGGCUAAUGCUACUAAGGAGCCACAAGUUAUGGAGGAUGUCUCCCUCAAAGCUAUGGUGGAAGAUUCUUCCUCGGGGGUGUCUAAACCGGUGGAGCCCGCGUCUAUCAAAGUAGGCUCCAUUGAAUUCUCCUUCAAGCAAAUUCAAGAGGAGCAAGGUGAGGAGAAUGCAAGAAUUGAUGGCCUUGUGGAAGAUGAGGAUGAUGUGGAAACGGGGAGUGUUGAUUCCCUUUUUGAAGUUGGAAAUAAAGAAAAGAAGGAAGAGCCAAAGAAGAAUGCUUGGAAUCAAUUAUUCCAAAACAACCGGUCUAUUGAACAUGGCAUGAAGUUGGAGUAUAUUCCUCCAAAAGGUAGAUUCCCGGGCAUGCGAGCAUUCCAUGAUCUAUCCAUCAAAUGGGGAGUCCCAUGCAAGCUCAAGCAACAUGACAAAGGGUGGGUGAUUUUCCAAUUUCAAAGUGAGAAUGACCGUAACAAAGUCAUGGCCGAAGAGCCCUAUGCCCUUUAUGGUAAGGCCGUGUUCCUAAGGAUAUUAUCCGAAGACUUUGACUUUGAUGGUGAGGAAUUUUUAAAAGUCCCAAUAUGGGUUAAAUUCCCCGGCCUAUCGGUUACACUUUGGAACAAGCAAGAGAUGAACGAGCUUGCCUCUAGAGUUGGAGUCCCUAUUGUGGCGGACAAGGUGACUCAAGAAAAAUCGAGGUCUCAAUUCGCUAGGGUAUUGGUGGAGGUUGACCUCUCUAGGCCACCUACUAUGUCCAUCCCGAUUAUACAACCGUCCGGUAAGGAAAGGAAUCAAUAUGUCAUAUAUGAAACUUUUCCUAACUAUUGUUUUGAGUGCAAGGUUUAUGGACAUCACCCCUUUACAUGCAAAGUGUUAAACAAGGAGUUGGUAGAGAAUGAGGAUGCAAAAGCUACCAACAAAAUUGUAAGUGUAGCCAAUACUGCGGCUAACAACUCAAAAGAAGGGGGUUCCAACCAACCCGGUGACAUUCCGAAGGGAAAAAAAGGCUUCAACGUGAGUGGAAAGAAAUCAAAGGAUGAUGGCAAAGGGAAGGAAAUUUGGGUUGAAAAGAAAAAGAAUGAUGUGCAAGAGAAUGGGGAGUGGGUGGAGGCCAAGAAGAAAAAGAAAUGGGUCUCUAAACCCAAAGCAAAUGUGCGCAACUUGAUCACGCCAAAGGUUCCUACUCCUAAGGCGCCUACAACUAAUGCCGCGGCUUCAACUUCUACACCUAAGGCCACGACCCCUGCUGCCCAGACCCCAAAACAGGCUGCCCAGGCCCCAAAACAGGCUGCCCAGGCCCCAAAACAGGCUGCCAGUGCCCAAAAACAAACUGCCGAGGCAGUAAAAGUUGCACCGAGGCUCACCGUUCCUAAAUAAACUGCCGAGACUUCAAAGGCAUCUUCCGGGAGCAAAUCAAGUGAAAAGGCUAUCAAUUUUCCGAAGAGUGGGAACAUUAGCUUUGAUGAAUUGGGGGUGAGAUCAUUCGCAAUGUAUAUGAUAUCCAAGAGGGAGAUGUGGUCACUAGAAUCGUUUAUGAUGAUAACAAAAAGAAGACCAUAUAUGUAAUGCAAAAGAAGGAUAUCCCAUCGCAUCACCAAAUCAAGAGGCUUGGACCGGAACUACAAAAAGUGAGGGAUGACGAGGGAGGAAUCUCAUUCACGGAUGAAUGCCUUCGAAAGCUUCCGGGAGUGACACCGCAUUAUGAAUGGUAUAAAUUUAAUCAUAGCAUUUUUAUACUUAUGUGGCUUCUUUCUUUGAUGUAACUGUUAGAAAAAUUGAUGUAACGUACCUCGAAAGUACGGCAGCGGAAGUUUAAAAUUUUCCCAAACAGAUCUUCCUGAUUAUGACAAAAUAACGAACAUGAUAAUAAUAACAGAUCUGAGUUAGAA